AUGAUAGAUUCAGUGCAGGAAUUGGACCAGAAGAAGAUAAUCAAGUAUCGGGCUGAAGUAACGACUUUCGGUAAAAAGGUCGAGGCUCCCGAAUUCAAUGCGUACAGAUUACAAGCGCAGACUAGCAGAGCACUUUCCUUUGUGUUAUUCAUGGUGUUGUCUAACGCUGCUGCUGUCAUACACCAUUCAUGGUGUUCGCCGUUGUAUAUUUUGAUUCUACGUCAUGAAUUCUUUCUAACUCGGAGUUGA